CCGUCACCAGGCAACGGCGGCCGCGGUGGCGGGCGGGAAGGGCCGCGCUGCACGCCGGGACGGGUCGGAGGGGAGGGGGCAGCGGCUGAGCGCGCGCUUCGGCGUGGCCGCCCCCGGCGAGGAGGCCCAGGAUGGCGGAGAGACCGGAGGACUUGAACCUGCCCAACGCCGUCAUCACCCGCAUCAUCAAGGAGGCGCUUCCUGAUGGAGUAAAUAUUUCCAAAGAAGCUCGGAGUGCAAUAUCUCGAGCGGCAAGUGUGUUUGUGCUUUAUGCAACAUCAUGUGCAAAUAACUUUGCCAUGAAGGGGAAGAGGAAAACGCUGAAUGCCAGCGAUGUUCUCUCUGCCAUGGAGGAAAUGGAAUUUCAGCGAUUUGUAGCCCCUUUGAAAGAAUCACUGGAAGUUUAUAGGCGUGAACAGAAAGGAAAGAAAGAAGCAAGGAAGGAUAAAGACAAGAAGGCAGACUCAGAGGAGCAAGAUAAGAGCCGAGAGGAAGAGAAUGAUGAUGAUGAUGAAAGGAUGGAGGAAGAAGAGCAAAAUUAUGAGGAAGAGGUGGACAACUGAGCUUGCUGACGAGAUGUGUGCAGGGGCUGGGUUUUGUUCAGAGGGAUAUAAAUGCUGUAAGUCAACCUUGCUGUGUCCCCUCUUGUUUCCAGUAGAGCUUUGUACUGUUCCUCUGCAGCCCGUCCCUUUUUGGCUUUAACUUGUACAUAAAGGACUUCUGCAAAAGCUUUUCUCAUGGAAGGACUACUCCUCCCUGUGCACAGGGAGCUUCGCACCCUCCCCAGGUCCUGAACAGACAGUAAUGGGACUGGGCUUUUUAUGCUGAGUUGGCUCUGAAAUAGAGGAGAAAAGAAAUGUCAGAUGGUCAGUACAGCAGCUGGCCAGGAGAACUUGAGAGACUGUUGAAUAAGCUUGUUAAGUCAGGGGUGGAAUCAAAUAGAUCAUUAACCCUUUGGGGCUUAGAAUCUACAUGAUGAUGUCAGGAGGCUUGGAAGCUGAACAUUGAAGCUUUUUAUCCAAGUGACUUGUGUUUUUCCUUCAUUUUCUUGCAUUCUGGCUGUGCCUUCUCUUCCUGCUGUAACUGUGACAGUGAUACUGUGUCUUUCAACCUUACCAGUCUUAUGCAGCAAUACAGUACAACUGUACAAGGACCAGUGGUCCACUCGGCUGACUCUUGCCCAAAUCAACCUGAAUCAAAAAAACUUCACAGCACUUACAGAGUAAACUAAAUACCAAAAGUGCUUGUUUUGUGUCUUUAAAGCCCUGGGAGACCAAGAGGAAUUUUAUUAAAAAUCGGAAGCAAAAUGAACGGCUACAAUGUGUAUUGGGGAUGAAAAAAGGUGGCUGUAUGAAGUGGUACGUUUGUUGCAGGUCAGCAAUGGGCACCAGUGGAUCUGAUGGUCUCACCUCCUUUCCCUCCUUUGCAGAGCUGCAGUUCCUGCAGACAGGUUGGUGACUGCAGCAAGUUUAAAUGUGGUAGAACGGAGUGGUGGAUCUUGUUGGUUUUUUUUUCCUUUUCCUAACUGCAAUGGACUAAUGACAUCCAAGAUCCAUAUUUAGCCUUCGACAGUCAUUCCAGAGAUGUGGCUAGCCUCCCAGUGUGAUGGGCUCCAGGAAGGCAGUGAGGACGGGAUGCUCCACCUAGGAGGGCCAGCCUCAGGCCUGUGGUUUUUGAAAUAGGUCCUUCAAGAAAGAUGGGUUGAAACAAGCUGUUUGUAUUCCUAGUACCCAUAUAGGUUUGCUCUUUUAUACUUGAAUUCUUAGCUUUGAUGCCUUUCUCUUCUCUGAGAAAGUAUCUAUUAGAAUAAGCUCCUUUUUGGGAAAAAUGCUUUUUUAUUUGACCGAUCUUUUUGAAGACUAAAAAACCUGAUAUUUGAACUUAACUGAGGUGAAGGAAACUGGAGGAAAGUUUUAGGUACGUUGAAGUAAAACCUACGAGUUUUGCUGAUGUGCAGUUUUAAAAUGGCACUUGUGAGGAAUAAUAUGUCCUUUUCACAAAAAAAUUGAUGUAGAGCUAGCUACCUACAAGAGCAACCCUGCCUUUAUGUUUUCAUGGCACAAUGGCUUCUCACACACAGAAGCCCGUCUCCUGAAAAGAACUGAAUCAACAAAGAUUUUCUGCUCUUUAGUUUCUACUGGCAUGCAGUCAGUAACAGAUGAAAAGACUGAGUUGAUGUCUUCCCAAGAUCUCCAAUAACAAAAAAGGCCUUCCUUCUAGCUCUUUUUCCUCUUUUCUUUUUUCUUUUUUCCUCUUCUAGUACGUAUCUGGGGUGCAUAUUCUGGAAGGGAACAAUAUCUAAAUAAAAGCCAGAUUUUUUACAGAA